CCCCCACAAGCACCAGGGGGGACUCUUCUGCAGGGCGAGUUUGGGGCCGGGGGAGCGCAGGGAGAGAAUCCCAUUCCCGAGUUGGCGGGGUGGCGAGCGGCGGACCGGGUCCAGGGAGAGGACUUGUCGGGCCACUGGCAGACUUCCCUCCCCGGCCCAGGCUGGCCCGAGGCGGGAUGGGGUCUGGAGAGGGGGGAGUCAGCCCCUUCCCGGGGCGGCGGCGGCAGGGACGGGAUUUGUCCAAGCCAAGAAGCUGGGCGGUGUGCGGGGCUGGGGGCCGGCCUGCCUGGGUCCGCCCCGCCCCUCCCCGCCCCCGCCCAGCGGGAUCUCGGGGACUUUUCUCCCGCGGAGGCAGGCGGCGGGGGCAGCCGGAGGACAGAGCUGGCCCUGCCGGGCCCCGGACGGAUGGACAGCUCCAGGAUGAGGCGGUGGUUCCUGCUCACUGCCGGGGUCAUCGGAACCCUGUUGGUGCCCGGGAAAGGACAGGCGGAGAGAGGGCGAGUGACCUGCACCAACCUCUAUUCUGCUGACAUUGUCUUCCUGCUGGACGGAUCCUCCUCCAUUGGCCGAAACAACUUUCGAGAAGUUCGGGCCUUCAUGGAGGGGCUGGUGCUUCCCUUCACUGAGGUCACAGGGGCUUCCGGUGUCCGCUUCAGUGUGGUGCAGUACAGCGAUGACCCACGGACUGAGUUUGGCCUGGAUACCUAUGGUUCUGGUAGUGAUGUGAUCCAAGCCGUGCGAGAGCUCACCUACAAGGGAGGAAACACUCGCACUGGGGCGGGAUUCAGACACAUUGCCGACCAUAUCUUUGUGCCUCAGCUUGCCCGGCUGGGUGUCCCCAAGGUUUGCAUCCUUAUCACUGAUGGAAAGUCUCAGGACCAGGUGGAGCCAGCAGCCCAGAGGCUGAAGAGGCAGGGGGUGAAGGUGUUUGCAGUGGGGAUCAAGAAUGCUGACCAGGGAGAGCUUCGAAGGGCAGCCUCAGAACCACCGGAUGUUUUCUUCUACUUCGUCAAUGACUUUAGCAUCCUCAGCACCCUGCUGCCCCUCGUGUCCCGUCGAGUCUGCACCACCACAGGGGGCACCCCCCAGAUCCUACCCCCAGAGGGCCCCCACUCUGGCCCCCGGGAUCUGGUGCUCUCACAGGCAACCAGUGAAUCCCUCUUGGCUGAAUGGACAGCAGCUAGUGGUCCUGUGAUCAGCUACAAGGUCCAGUAUGUCCCUCUCACUGGGCUGGGGCAGCCUGUGCCUGACCAGCGGCAAGAGGUGACUGUACCAGCAGGGGAGACAAGGGUCCGGCUGCAAGGUUUGCGGCCACAGACUGAAUACCAGGUGACAGUGGUUGCCCAGUAUGCCAACAGUGUGGGGGAGGCCGUGAGUAGGACUGCCCAGACUGCUGCCCUGGAGGGGCCCAACAUCUCCAUCCAGAAUGCCACAGCUCAUACUCUCCUGGUGGCCUGGCGGGCUGUGGCUGGAGCCAGCGGCUAUCGAGUGACCUGGAGAAGUUUAGAGAGUGGGUCCUCCCAGCAGCUGGACAUCGGCCGAGGCCAAACAUCUGCCCUCCUAAAGGGCCUGAGCCCAGACACAGAAUAUGUGGUGACUGUGACCCCUCUGCACGGCCGGACACCAGGGCCUUCUGCGUCGCUGACAGCACGAACCGAGCUGGGCAUCAUUCAGAACUUACAGACGGUCAUCUUGGGGCCCACAUCCAUCCAUGUAUUCUGGACCCACAUCCCUGAGGCCCAGGGAUAUAGGCUGGAAUGGAGACGAGUGAGCGGCUCGGAGCCAACGCAGACGGUGGUGCUGCCCACGGAGGUGACGAGCUAUCAGGUUCAGGGGCUGCAGCCAGGCACCGAGUACCGGCUCACACUCUACACCCUGUAUGAGGGCCGCGAAGUCGCCACCCCUGCCACCAUCUCUCAGACUGUGCUAGAACCGGCUCCGGGCCAAGUGUCCGAUUUACAAGUGGCCGAAGCAUCCCCGUCCAGGCGAUCGGUACGAGUGGUCUGGAGCCCUGUGCCUGGUGUCUCUGGCUAUCGUUUCGUGGUGCGCAACACACAAGAUGGCUCUGAGAAGACCCAGAGGCUUCCUCCUGACCAGACAAGCUUUGAGCUGGACAGAGUCCAGCCUGGUGUGAGCUAUGUAGUGCGCGUGUCAGCCCUGGCAGGAAAUCGAGAAGGCACUCCUGGCACCCUCACUGUUCGGCUUGAUGCGGAGCCCUUGCCCAGAGUUCCCAGAUUUCGAGUGGUAGCGUCUGAGCCAGGCCGGGUCCAGGUGUCCUGGGGGUUGGUCCCUGGAGCUAGCGGUUAUCGGCUCACUUGGCGCCUGAGAGAUGGCCACGAGUCCUCCAGGACCCUGCCGGCCGCCUCUACAUCCUUUGACAUUGUGGGACUUCGGCCGGGGGCCUCGUACCAAGUGUCAGUGUCCGCCCUACGGGGUGUUGACCAGGGCCCCUCCUCGGUCAUCACCAUCCACACAGAUUCUCCAGGGUCCGUGUCUGCCCUUCGUGUGAUCCAUGCUGGGAGCUCAUCUGUCAGGGUUACCUGGACGGGGGUCCCAGGAGCCACAGGCUAUAGGGUCUCUUUGCACUCGGGCCGAGGGCCAGAACAAUCCCAGCUGGUCCCUGGGGACGCUUCCUCAGCCCAACUCGAGGGCCUGGAACCAAACACCGACUACACCGUGCGCGUCACAGCCCAGGUGGGCAGCUUGGAAGGGCCAGCUGCGUCUGUGGCCGUGAGGACGGCCCCAGAGCCCGUCGGGGCUGUGUCCAGGCUCCAGAUUCUUGACUCGUCCAGUGACGUGGUCCGCGUGACCUGGGUGGGAGUUCCUGGUGCCACUUCGUACAGGCUGGUGUGGGGCAGGAGAGAAGGCGGCCCAGAGAGCAGCCAGAUGCUCCCGGGAGACACGGACUCAGCUGAGAUUGGGGGCCUGGAGGGAGGGGUCAGUUACACAGUCCGAGUGACAGCACUGAUCGGGAACCGCGAGGGGGCGCCUGUGAGCCUCACGGUGACCACACCCCCGGUAUCUCUUUCUGCCCCGGGCUCCUUUCGGCUACAGCACAGUGAGGAACGGGUGCUGCGCCUGGCUUGGGACCCUGUGCCCGGGGCGGGUGGGUUCCGGCUCCGUUGGCGGCCCGAAGGAGGCCCAGAGCAGUCCAGGGUCCUGGGCCCAGAAGUCAGCCGCUAUGACCUGGUAGGGUUGGAGCCAGGGACACUGUACCACGUGACCCUGAGCACCUUGGGUCCUUCUGGAUCAGGGGAGAGCACACCAGUGUCCCUCUCUGUCCAGACUGGCCUUCCCUCCCUUACCACUCACCUUCGUACUGUGGAGACCUCAAUGGAUUCAGUGACCCUGGCUUGGACCCCGGUUCCAGGAGCAUCUAGUUACAUCCUGUCUUGGAGACCACUUCCAGGCUCUGGCUAUACUGCCCCUGGGUCCCAACAGACACUUCCAGGCUCCUUGCAUUCCCAAAAAGUGACAGGACUAGAACCCGGCGUCUCCUACACCUUUUCCUUAACCCCUGUCCAAGGAAGUAGCCGAGGCCCUGAGGCUUCACUCACCCACCAUCUUGGUUGCUCACAUGGCCGGGCGGAUGUUGUGUUCCUGGUCCAUGCCACUAGGGACAAUGAGCAUCACUCAGGGGUUGUGAAGUCUGCCCUCAGCCGCCUGGUGUCUGCUCUGGGGCCUCUUGGGCCAGAUGCGAUGCAGGUUGGGCUCAUGGCCUACAGUCACCGACCUUCCCCCCUGGUCCCCUUGAACGGCUCCUAUGACCGAAACUCCAUCCUUCAGCGGAUCCAGGGCAUCCCCUACACAGAUCCGAGUGGGAACAACCUUGGUGUUGCCAUCACUACGGCCUACAGGUACCUGUUGGCCCCUGGCAGCAGCGGGCGACGCUCCCACGUGCCAGGCCUGCUGGUGCUGGUGGUGGAUGGGCCUUCUGGGGACGAUGCCAUCAGUCCCGCUCGAGAGGCCCAGGCUGCAGGGCUCUCCGUGCUCGUCCUGGGCAUGCCCGGCGCCCAGCCAGAGCAGCUGAGGCGUUUGGUGUCUGGUGUGGAUCCUGCCCCCGUCUUCAUGGCUGUGGACAAUGCCCGUAGCCUGGAGCAGGCAGUGGGCGGCUUGGCGACGGCUCUUUGCCAGGCGGCCUCUGGCACUCAGCCGAGGCCUGCGCCCUGCCCAUCACAGUGUCCAAAGGGCCAGAAGGGGGAGCCUGGAGCCACAGGCCAGAAAGGACAAGCCGGCCCCCCUGGAGACCCGGGCAGAAGCGGCCCUCCAGGACCUCGGGGGUUACCGGGAGGUGGCGAGAAGGGGGAGAGGGGCUUCCCCGGCGUGGAUGGGCGACCAGGCAGCCCUGGGAACCCUGGAAGUCCUGGCGUGACAGGCUCUCCUGGCCGACCUGGCUCUCGAGGAGAAGCGGGGGAACCAGGCCUGCCAGGGCAGAAGGGGGAGCCGGGGAAGCCUGGGUCUGUUACAGGAGGAGGGGCAGGGCUGCCAGGCAAGAAGGGGGAGCCAGGUGUCCAGGGACCUCCAGGCCCCCGUGGCUCAGAUGGGGACCCAGGCCUGCCGGGGCCCCGAGGAACAUCAAUAAAGGGUGACAAGGGUGAUAGAGGAGAGCCGGGCCUUCCUGGACCAGGCAGUGGAGGUGUUGGAGGGGGUGACCCAGGGCUGCCGGGCCUCCCAGGAAAUCCAGGGCCCAUGGGUCCCCCUGGACCCCGUGGGGAGAAAGGAGACAAGGGUGAAGGCGAAGAUGGAUUUCCGGGGCUCCCAGGGCGACAAGGGAACCCAGGAGACCGAGGUCCUCGAGGACCACCAGGAGAACCAGGAAGCAAAGGAGACCCAGGCCAGCCAGGGUCAUUGGGGGAGGCCGGAGAGAAGGGUGAUCGGGGCUUCCCAGGUCCACCUGGGCUGCAGGGGGAGCCUGGCUUGUCAGGGAGACCUGGAGCUGAGGGUCCGGAGGGACCUCCAGGACCAGCUGGUCGAAGGGGAGAGAAGGGAGAACCUGGAGAGCCUGGCAAACCUGGAGAGGUCAUGGGACUUGAUGGUGCUGGAGUGAAAGGAGAGAAGGGGAAUCUGGGGCCAGAGGGACCCCAAGGAGCUCCAGGACCCAAAGGGGACCGGGGUCUACCUGGAGUUGGUGUUCCUGGGGAUCCUGGCCCCAAAGGAGAGCUUGGAGAUCGUGGUGCGAUUGGCCUCACAGGCAGAGCUGGGCCCAAGGGCGAGGUUGGGGCUUCUGGAGACAAAGGGGAGCCUGGACGCCCGGGGCCUCCAGGACCCGUUGGCCCCCGAGGAAGAGACGGCGAAACUGGAGAGAAGGGGGAUGAGGGCCCUGUGGGCGAGACAGGACUGCCUGGGAAGCCUGGAGACCGGGGUCUUCGGGGCAUCCCCGGCAUUCGGGGCCCACCUGGUGAGAAGGGAGACCAGGGUGAUCCCGGAGAGGAUGGACGAAAUGGCAGCCCAGGACUAACGGGUCCCAAAGGUGACCGAGGAGAACUGGGGCCACCAGGACCCCCUGGGAGAUCGGUGGAUGCAGGGCCUGGAAUUCCAGGGGCUGGAGAGAAAGGAACAAAGGGGGAGGCCGGUGAUCCUGGAGAGGAUGGGGCCCGGGGCCCCAAGGGUGAUGCUGGACCCCCAGGAUCUCCUGGGGAGAGGGGCACUGAAGGAUUACGAGGGCCCCCUGGACCCCGGGGGGAACCAGGUGACCGAGGCCCAGCUGGGGAGAAGGGUGAGCGGGGAACCCCUGGGUCUGAUGGUCGGAACGGACUGGAUGGGAAGCCAGGAGCAAUAGGACCCCCUGGCCUGAGGGGUGACACGGGAAAAACUGGGGAGCCCGGAAGAGAUGGACUCCCAGGUUUGAGAGGAGAACAUGGACCCCCUGGACCUCCUGGGCUUCCUGGAGUGACUGGGAAGCCUGGAGAUGAUGGCAAACCAGGGCUGAAUGGGAAAAAUGGAGAACCUGGAGACCCUGGAGAAGAUGGGAGGAAGGGUGACAAGGGCGAAGCUGGAUCCCCUGGAAGAGAUGGUCGGGAUGGUUCCAAAGGUGAUCGUGGGGAUGUAGGCACCCCAGGACUACAGGGACCCCCAGGACUCCCUGGCCCAGUUGGUCCCCCAGGCCAGGGGUUUCCAGGUGUUGCUGGGAGUCCAGGACCCAAGGGUGACCGAGGAGAAGCAGGAGCCAGAGGUGAACAGGGACUCCCUGGAGAGCGUGGCCUGAAAGGGGAAUCAGGCUCUGUGAUGAACCUAGAACAGUCCCUGGAGUCCCUCGGCAUCAAGGUGUCUACCCUUCGACAAAUUGUGCGAGAGGGCGCAGAGGACUUCCAUGGCUUUCCUGACCGAUUCCGAGGUCAGAAGGGGGAGCCUGGAGAGCGUGGCCCAAUGGGCAAGGAGGGGCCUGUCGGCUUGACUGGAGAACGAGGCUCGAAGGGGGACAGAGGAGACACGGGUCCCCAAGGGCCUCCAGGCCAUGCUCAUAUAGAGAGAGGACCCUCUGGUCCCCCUGGUCAGCCGGGGGAACCAGGCAAACCUGGUAUCCCUGGGCUCCCAGGCCGAGCAGGAGAGCUGGGGGAGGCCGGCCGGCCGGGGGAGAGGGGUGAGCGUGGAGAGAAAGGAGAGCGUGGAGAACAAGGCAGAGAUGGGUUACCAGGGCCUCCUGGACCCCCUGGGCCAAAGGUUGACAUGGAAGGGACAAUUUCUGGAAUCUCUGGGGAGCCCGGCCCCCCUGGGCUCAGGGGAGCUAAGGGUGAACCAGGCAGAGAUGGUGAACGAGGCCCCAAAGGAGACAAGGGAGAGUACGGAGCCAAGGGGGAUCGUGGAGAGGCCGGAGAGAAGGGCCGAGAUGGCAGCCCGGGUCCUUCUGGAGAGCGAGGCCCAUCGGGGCUAGAAGGAAAGCCGGGUCCUCAGGGUGCAAGAGGAGCUCCCGGUCCAGCAGGCAACCAGGGGGACCCUGGACCACAUGGUGUGCCGGGACUUGCUGGCCCCCCGGGACCUCAGGGCCCCUCCGGCUUGAAGGGGGAGCCUGGAGAGCCUGGACCACCUGGGCGGGGCCUGCCUGGUCCCCCGGGGGUUAUGGGUCUGUCUGGCCCCCCAGGUUCCUCGGGCCUUGUGGGUCCCCAGGGUGCCCCGGGUUUACCAGGCCAAGUGGGGGAGACGGGGAAGCCUGGAGUGACGGGCCGGGAUGGCAAAGAUGGAGAAAGGGGAGCUCCUGGUGUCCCGGGACCACCUGGCCUGUCUGGCCCUGUUGGACCCAAAGGGGAGCCUGGAGCUACAGGACUGCCAGGACAGGCUGUGGUGGGGCCGCCUGGUAUGAAGGGUGAGAAGGGAGCCCCUGGAGGCCUCGCUGGAGACCUGGUGGGAGAACCUGGAUCCAAAGGAGACCGAGGACUUCCUGGGCCUCGAGGAGAAAAGGGUGAGGCUGGACAGCCCGGAGAACCUGGAGACCCUGGAGAAGAUGGCCGGAAAGGGGCAGCAGGACUUAGGGGUGAAAAGGGCUCCAUGGGCGUUGGGAUUCAGGGCCCCCCUGGAUCAGAUGGGCCUCCAGGCCUGAAGGGUGACUCAGGCCUUCCAGGCCCUCCUGGACCCCCAGGAGCACCAGGUGUUGUCGGAUUCCCUGGACAUGCAGGCCCCAGAGGAGAGCCUGGGCAGCCGGGCCCUUCUGGAGAGCGGGGUUUGAUGGGUCCUCCUGGGAAAGAAGGGGCCCCAGGGCCUUCUGGGCUCCCAGGACCAACUGGGCCAGCGGGAGCACCCGGGGCCUCUGGACCCAAAGGAGACAAGGGAGAUCCUGGAGUGGGGCAGCCAGGAGCCCGAGGAGAGAGAGGGGAUCCAGGCAUCCGGGGUGAAAAUGGCCGUCCAGGGCUGGAGGGCGACAGAGGCCCUGCAGGCCCUCCAGGGAACCGGGGAGAACGAGGGGACAAGGGUGAUGUGGGAGCCCCUGGCCUGAAGGGUGACAAGGGUGAUACAGCUGUGAUCGAGGGGCCUCCUGGACCUCGGGGCCCCAAGGGAGAGGCGGGUGACCGAGGCCUCAGAGGCUUGGACGGUGACAAAGGAGCUAGGGGGGAACUUGGCCUUCCUGGGGAAAAGGGCGUGAAGGGAGAACUGGGAGACAAAGGCUCUGCCGGCUCCCAGGGUGUUCGAGGCCCCAUGGGGCAGAAGGGCGAGUCUGGUGACCCAGGGAUCCCCGGGGCAUCGGGCCUCUCUGGGAAGGACGGAGUUCCUGGCAUCCCCGGUGAGAAGGGAGAGGCCGGCUACAUGGGCCCUCGAGGUCCCAAGGGAGAUCGCGGCCUGAAAGGGGCCUGUGGCCAAGACGGGGAGAAGGGGGACAAGGGGGAAGCAGGUCUCCAUGGACGGCCUGGGCUCCCUGGAAGGAAAGGAGACAUGGGGGAGAUGGGGCUACCAGGCCUGUCUGGGCACCCAGGAAAGGAAGGUUUGAUUGGUCCCAAGGGCGAUCGAGGUUUUGAUGGUCAACAAGGAUCCAAGGGUGACCAGGGCGAGAAAGGGGAGAGGGGAGCUCCUGGUGUUGGGGGGAUCCAAGGCCCCAGGGGCAGUGAUGGAGCCUCGGGACCCCCUGGGCCUCCAGGCAGCGUGGGCCCUAAAGGUCCGGAGGGCAUCCAGGGGCAAAAGGGCGAGAGGGGUCCCCCUGGGGAGAGUGUGGUGGGUACCCGAGGGGCCCCUGGAAUCCCCGGAGAGCGAGGGGAGCAGGGGAGCAUAGGCCCAAUGGGCCCCCGUGGAGAGAAAGGGGAAGCCUCCAUGACGGAAUCUGACAUCCGGAGCUUCAUUCGUCAAGAGAUGAGCCAGCAUUGCGCCUGUGGGACGGGCCAGUUUAUCUCUUCUGGAUCAAGACCCCUUCCCAGUUACUCUGCAGACACGCCGGGCCCUGGCCCCUGGCCUCGUCCGGUCCCUGUGCUGAGGCUCUCCCACGCCGAGGAGGAAGGCCCGGGGCCUCCCGAAGAUGACGAGUACUCCCUGGAGGAUUACGAAGACGCAGAGGAGCCUUGGGCUGGCCAUGGUGUGUGCUCUCUGCCCAUGGAUGAGGGCUCCUGCUCCGAUUAUACCCUGCGAUGGUACCACCGCCCCGGCAAGGGCUGCCAUCCCUUUGUAUUUGGUGGCUGUGAGGGCAAUGCCAACCGCUUCAGUUCCCGUGAGGACUGUGAACGACAGUGUCUACCCCAUGGAGGCCCAGGUGCUCCUGCUGUCUCCCAGAGUUGAGCUGUCAGAAUGGACAGUGUCUGGGCCAGGCACUGGUCCCUGCCCCCUGCUGAGGGGGAGCGAGCACUCAGCGGACCCAGGACCCCUGGAGGGGCUCUAGGGGGUUGCAGAAGGGCCUGGAAGCCCAGCCCACCCCCACAUCCCACUUUAACUCCCUCAGAUGGGGCUGGAUGGGAACUUGGUGCUACAUGGGUGUGUGCGUGUGUCUGUCGAUUUCUGUGAAACUGUAUCCAGUGGGCGGGCCAGGGGUCCCGGGCCCCCUCCUUCCGGAAUUCUUCCUCCCGCUCGAUUCCUGCCCCUGUCCUCCAGGCCUGAAUGAUGUGGGGGACGAGGGCAGGUGGUGCUGACAGAGCUGACCUCCAAUGGACUGUCCGUCUGUCUGGCCCCUGCUUCGCUGCUGGCUCUGAUGGUGCUGACUCGGGUCACGGACCGGGGACGUGGGGAAGGGGUGGCCGCUGGCUCUGCUCUCUCCCUCAGUCGGCUCUUUGGUCCCAGACUGGGGUAUGUUCUGGAAUCAUUAAAGCUGCUGUUUUCAA